UAAUAAUUAGCAGAAUAAAGACAUAUCGGAUUUUCAUUUCCUUUUGCGAGCUCCGCGUUUGGCGAGCCUCCGUCCACCGGAGAGACGAGCCGGAUCCCCCCCCCCAGUCGACGCGUCGUCUCCACCGCCACCGGAACCAAAAUAAGGGACUCUAGAACGCUUUUUUUGUGCCACCUUCUCCUUUUUUUGUGGAAGGAUUAUUCUACUUUCACCUGUUUUUUUUUGUUUGUUGUCUUCGUGUGUUGGAUGUGACGGUUUUUGUGCAAGCGAAGAGAAAGGAGGCGGCUUUGGACGAAAGUCCCUGCUAGGGAGGAUGAGAUGAGAUCCCUAUGUAGUGGUCGUCAUGGCAACUUGUGACUCUCCCCAUAUGGUCUCGUCACGGCAGCAGGAACAUGGUGGCCAGAGGCUGGAUGCUGCUGAGGAAAACUCCGUCGUGGCUAUGGAGAUCGUCGUGGCCCACAGCAACAAUGCCAAUAACAACCAAACGUCACCUGUAGCCAGAGAGAUGGAGAAUGGCCUUGGCGAGCCCACUGUCAGCCCACUGAGGUCCAGUGCUACCCCCACCACUGUCAGUGCAACCAUCGACUCUGUUACAGAGCAGAGUCGGAGAGAAAGCUUUACAACCAGUAACAAAGGGAGUGUUACUGGGACUUUACCAGGAGUAGGAGGAGGAGCAGCUUUGGGUUCAGACUGUUCUGCCCCUGCCACAUCUCCCGUGGCGCCGGCAAAGGAAAUCCCCUGCAACGAAUGUUCUGGCUCCUUCUCCAGUUUACAAAAAUACAUGGAGCACCACUGCCCCAACGCCCGACUGCCUACCGCGGGAGGUCAAGAAGAUGUCGACGAGCUCGAAGGGAUGGUUGGGGAGGAAAACGAAGAUGACGAAGGAGAGCGUGCGGCUGAUGGAAGGGAACUAAACAGCGAGAGGGAUGAAGAGAGCGAUGUGGAGAACUUGUGUGGUGAGAUCAUCUACCAGCCUGAUGGCUCAGCCUUCAUCCUGGAGGACUCCAAAGAGCAGCGUGGCAACCAGGGAGGGCUCCCUGGGGCGCUCCAUUUCAGGGGCCUGCUAUCCUCCCAGACCUUCCCCAAUGCCCAGGCCGCCACUGGCCAAAGUGGCCUGAGCCAAGGGGGGGAUCGGUUGGAGCAGCCUGCUGCACCCAUGUCCUUCUACCCCCAGAUCAUAAACUCCUUCCACAUCGCUUCAUCCUUGGGGACUAAAUCGUUGGCGGUCGACCCCCCCUCCAUAUCAAAUACCUCAACUGGAGGGCGGGCGGGCGCUGGUCCCGUGUUGCACAGUUUCCGUGUUUAUGACCUCCGCCACAAGAAUGACAAAGACUAUCUGACGGGGGACGGUUCAGCCAAAAACUCUUGUGUGUCCAAAGAUGUCCCCAACAAUGUAGACUUAUCCAAGUUCGAGGGCUGUGUGGCCGACGGGCGGCGAAAGCCAGUGCUCAUGUGUUUCCUGUGCAAGCUCUCAUUUGGCUAUAGCCGCUCCUUUGUGACACAUGCUGUCCAUGACCACCGUAUGACCCUGAAUGAGCAGGAGCAGAAGCUGCUAGGCAACAAGCACGUCUCUGCCAUCAUACAGGGCAUCGGCAAGGACAAAGAACCUCUUAUAAGCUUUCUGGAACCAAAAAAACCCCCUGUAUCUGUGCUAUCCCACUUUCCCUCACCUGCCAAUUUCCUAGGGCCAGAUACCGGGCUCCACGGCUUGUGGAACGCUUUCCACAGUAGUGGGGAGAAUGGCGAUUCCCUUCAGGCAGGCUUUGCUUUCCUGAAGGGCAGUGCCAGCAGCUCCUCCAAUGACCAAAAUCCCCGAACCCAAACCAUGCCAAAGGCUGAGACCAACCCAAACCUCGGGGGAGGGGCUGGUUCCCAUAGAACCUCCAGUGGGAGUUCUGCUGCUGCUGCCACUGGUGGCAACCUGGAUGACUGGAACUCGAAUAGUGACAGUAGGGGCCACAUUAGGGACACAUGCACUUUGCAACCCAAUGGGCCGGACCUGAGCCAUUGCCCGUCCAUCAAGCGAGAGCCCGGUACAAUGGGAGAUCAAAGUCUAGAACAGGAUGAGGACGGUUACUCCAAUGGUGGAGUAGAAAAUGAGGCGGAGGAGGAAGAUGAGCAGGCGAUGAGCGUAGUUAUGAAAGGCCAGCGGGCCAACAGCACCAGUAGCAAAGAUUUCCCUCUCUUAAACCAAAGUAUUUCUCCCCUUUCCAACAGUGUGCUAAUGUUUAACAAUGACAGCAAAGGUCCUGCAUCCACCUCAUCUUCCUCCCUUCCUAUGUGUGAGAAGCUGGAGAUGGAUAAGUCUCGUCUGUCUGCUGCCCUGGCAGUCGCCAGAGAGCGGGAGAGCAGUAACGACUCGACCACUGAAGCCCUGGCAGGGCGGGAUGGAUCAUCGCCAUCCUCCCACCCCCUUGACUUGAUAAUGAUUCGUAGGGAUGAUGAGAGUCCUGGACCUCCUCAUCAACACACAGGAAAUCCGAGUACGCCCGGUACCCCGGGCACACCUGGUACACCCGGUCCAGGUGAAGGGUCCCCAGGAAGCGGUGUGGAGUGCCCGAAGUGUGACACGGUCUUGGGAUCUUCGCGCUCUCUCGGAGGGCACAUGACCAUGAUGCAUUCGCGGAACUCCUGCAAGACGCUCAAGUGCCCCAAGUGUAACUGGCACUACAAGUAUCAGCAGACACUGGACGCUCACAUGAAGGAGAAACAUCCAGAGUCCGGAGGAUCGUGUGUUUACUGCCGAACAGGACAGCCUCACCCUCGUUUAGCCAGGGGGGAAAGCUAUACCUGUGGAUACAAGCCUUUCCGCUGUGAGGUAUGCAAUUACUCAACCACCACCAAAGGCAACCUUAGCAUCCAUAUGCAGUCGGACAAGCACCUGAACAAUGUCCAAACACUCCAGAACGGUGGAAGUGAGGUGCAGUACAACCACAACCAUGCCAACCCAGUAGCCAGUGUGGGCCUCGGUGGCGGCGGCUGCGGCGGUACACCCUCGCCAUCCAAGCCAAAGCAGAAGCCGACUUGGCGCUGCGAGGUUUGCGACUAUGAGACCAACGUGGCUCGAAACCUGCGCAUCCAUAUGACCAGUGAGAAACACAUGCACAACAUGAUGCUGCUGCAGCAGAACAUGAAGCAGAUCCAGCACAGCCUCCACUUGGGGUUGGCACCGGCCGAGGCGGAACUCUACCAGUACUACCUAGCUCAGAACAUCAGUAUGGCAGGUGUCAAAAUGGAGAACCCAGCCGGCGGCGGCGGCGGCCCUGAUGCCCAGAUGAUGAUCAACCCCUUCCAGCUCGACGCUGCAACUGCAAGCGCUCUUGGAUCUGGACUUGUGAACAGCGACCUAUCAGCGGAGUUGCGUCUCGCCAGCGGUCAGCUGAUGCCCGACGACCUCUCGCUUGUGUCCUCAGGCGGAAUGGGGGGCAUGUCCUCGUCGGACCCUUCCCUCUCCUCCCUGUCGCCGCCGAUUAGCGACCCGUCGCUGCGCCUCUACCAGUGCGCCGUGUGCAACUCCUACUCCACGGACAGCCUGGAGGCUCUUAAUGCCCACGUCAACACAGAGCGCUCGUUACCCGAGGAGGAGUGGCGCUGCGUGGUCGGCGACGUCUACCAGUGCAAGCUGUGCAGCUACAACACGCAGCUCAAGGCCAACUUUCAGCUGCACUGCAAGACGGACAAGCACAUGCAGAAGCACCAGCUGGUGGCCCAUAUCAAGGAGGGAGGCAAGGCCAACCAGUGGAGAUUAAAGUGCGUGGCCAUUGGCAACCCCGUGCACCUGAAGUGCAACGCUUGUGACUACUACAGCAACAGCGUGGAUAAACUGAGGCUACACACCACCAACCAGAGGCAUGAGGCUGCCAUACGACUUUACAAGCACUUGCACAAGCUGGACAGCGCCUACAGCCCGGAGUCGUGCGUCUAUUACUGCACGCUGUGCGACUACUCCACCAAGGCCCGCCUCAACCUGGUGCAGCACGCCCGCUCGGCCCGGCACCAGCAGAACGAAGGCCUGAGGAAGCUGCAACUGCACCAGCAAGGCCUGAGAGGGGACGAGGACGGACUCGGCCUCCACGAGCUGUACCACGUCAAGGAAUGUCCCUCCAGCCAAGAGGAGACUGGUGAGGACAGCGAGAGACCGCCUGGCUCGUCCUCCAGGCCUUCGUCCAACCUCACCGACCGAGACUUGACGGACAGCCGGAGAGCAGACCGACUGAACGCCACAUCCAAAGAAGCGACUGGACAGACCGUGGCGGUGAAACACUUGCUCCAGCCCGAUCGACAAAUUGAUAGCCCUCCCAAACGGCCCAAAUCAUCUGAGGGGAAGAACUCUGCUCUUGAGCAGGCCCAGCAGUGUCCCUACUGCAACUACAGCAGUAAAGAUGCCAACCGUAUGCAGCUCCACGUCAUGUCCCAGCAUUCCAUGCAGCCGGUGAUCCGCUGCCCGCUGUGUCAGGAUGUCCUCAGCAACAAGAUCCACCUGCAGCUGCAUCUCACCCACCUUCACAGUGUGGCACCUGACUGCGUGGAAAAGCUCAUUAUGACGGUUGUUGGACCUGAUACCCCAGGACCAAAUAGUAUUAUCCAUCCCCAAACUGGGCAAGACAAAGGAGUUCCUUCAGUAGAUUCCUCAGCCUUAACCGAUGAAAAAUCACAAGGAAACUCCUCAAAGGAUGAGCUGAACAGCCAAGACAAGAAUGAAUCAGACCUCCAAGGAGAGGAAAUGAAGCCCCCAAAGGAGGCUUCAGAGGCCCCGGACUGGAAGAGAGCAAGUGGGUUAGGACAUGACAGCAAGUCCCCUGACACCCUUCAGGAUCAUCUCAGUGAACUCCAGAAGCUCCAACAGCAACAGCAACAGCUCUCAGUGUCUGACCGCCACGUAUACAAGUACCGCUGCAAUCACUGCAGCCUGGCCUUCAAGACAAUGCAGAAGCUCCAGAUACAUUCCCAGUACCACGCCAUCAGAGCAGCCACCAUGUGUAGCCUCUGCCAGCGCAGCUUCAGGACAUUCCUGGCUCUCAGGAAGCACUUGGAGAACGGCCAUCCUGAACUGACUGAGGCAGAAGUACACCAACUGAUUGGGAAUCUCCCGCUGAAUGGAGAUAUCACUGAGAGCGAAGCCAGAGCUUUGGAGGAAGCUCAGACGUUUGAGCAUGACUUAGACAAGGAUGAUGAAAUGGACCAAGAAGAGAAGCCGAGUCCUACCGGAAGUGACAGCAGCUCUUUUAUAGACGACAUGGGAGCAGAACCAAAACGAACCCUACCAUUUAGGAAAGGGCCCAACUUUACUAUGGAGAAAUUCUUGGAUCCUUCAAGGCCUUACAAGUGCACCGUAUGUAAGGAGUCGUUUACCCAAAAGAACAUUUUACUAGUGCACUAUAAUUCUGUGUCCCAUCUGCAUAAGUUAAAGAAGGUCCUUCAAGAGGCAUCAAGCCCAGUUCCCCAAGAAACAGGCAACAACAUUGACAACAAACCAUUCAAAUGCAACAUUUGCAAUGUUGCAUAUAGCCAAAGCUCAACACUUGAGAUUCACAUGAGGUCAGUGCUCCACCAGACCAAAGCCCGAACAGCCAAAUCUGAAAUGAGCUGCAAUAGCAGUGGAAGUGGUGGUCCGGUCCCAGCAAAAAGUCCUGCUCCAAGCACACAAGGAAACAACAGCAACACUGACUCUACCCGAAGUGGAACACCGUCUGCUAACAAAGAAAACGGUGCAGAACCAAAAGAGGCUCAUAGCAACAACAGUAGCAAACAAAAUAGCGAGCACCUUUCAGCACAGUCCAACAGCCACCAGUCAGCUCAGUCCGCAGCACAACUGCAAAUGCAGCUUCAACAUGAACUCCAGCAGCAGGCUGCCUUCUUCCAGCCUCAGUUCCUUAACCCGGCUUUCUUCCCUCAUUUCCCAAUGACCCCAGAAGCAUUGCUGCAGUUUCAACAGCCACAAUUCUUGUUCCCUUUCUACAUCCCAGGAGCAGAGUUCAACUUAAGCCCGGAGCUUGCUCUACAUUCAGCAGCAGCUUUUGGAAUGCCGGGUCUUACGGGAUCUUUCUUAGAAGAUUUGAAGCAACAAAUGCAACAGCAGCACCAACUGCAACAAGCUCAGCAGCAGCAACAACAGCAACAACAACAGCAGCAGCAGCAGCAAAUCUCACAGACACAGUCACAGAAGAACCAGCAACUGCUUAGCCAAAAACCCAAAAUGGAGCCCAACAAUGUGUCGGUCUCAGAGAUUCAAAUGUCAAAAGAGGCAGAAGAGCACCUUGAAAAACAAGAAAGCAGAGCCAAGCUAGAAAAUGGAUGUGAAGCUUUUGGUGAUGGCACAAAAGACAACAAAGACUCUAAAAAGUCAAAGUUCCCAGAGCCAUUGAUUCCCCCUCCUCGCAUUGUGUCUGGAGCCAGGGGCAAUGCAGCCAAAGCACUGCUGGAGAAUUUUGGAUUUGAACUAGUCAUCCAGUACAAUGAAAACAGACAGAAGAACCAGAAGAAAAACAAAGAUGGCGUUGAACAAAUGGAAAUGAACACUGAUAAGCUUGAGUGUGGAAUGUGCGGAAAGCUAUUCUCCAAUAUGCUUAUUCUCAAAAGCCACCAAGAGCAUGUGCACAGUCAGUUUUUCCCAUAUGUAGAGCUUGAGAAGUUUGCCCAACAGUACAGAGAGGCCUAUGACAAACUCUAUCCAAUUAACCCUGCUUCACCUGAGACACCACCGCCACCGCCACCACCACCUCCGCCACCUCCACCUCCUCCCGCUCCUGCCCCGGUGACAACUCCUCAGCCAUCUCCAACAUCAACGGCCAAGCCCCAAACGCCAACACCUUCCCCAGUCCUUGCCCCCCAACAGACCUCACACCAGCCUUCUCACCAGGCACCACCAGUUCAGCCACCCCAUCCUUCACCGACACCCACAGCUCCUCCUGCACCUCCCCAAGUGCAGCUUUCUGUUCCUCUGGAUCUGCCUCUUUUCCCACCUCUCAUGAUGCAGUCAGUCCAGCACCCAGGCUUGCCCCCUCAGUUGGCACUCCAGCUACCAACUAUGGACUCUCUAUCCACAGAUCUAACCCAACUCUGCCAGCAACAACUGGGGCUCGAUCCAAAUUUCCUCCGCCAGUCUCAGUUUAAGCGGCCACGCACCCGUAUAACUGAUGACCAGCUUAAAAUCCUACGGGCCAACUUUGACAUCAAUAAUUCUCCCAAUGAAGAGCAAAUUCAGGAGAUGUCAGAGAAGUCUGGUUUGCCUCAAAAGGUCAUAAAGCACUGGUUCCGUAACACCCUUUUCAAAGAGAGGCAGCGGAGUAAAGACUCGCCCUACAAUUUUAGCAUUCCUCCUAUUACUACUUUGGAAGACAUCCGAAUGGAGCCUCAGCUUGGCCCUCAUGAAUACUAUCGAACUGACUCAAGCAUCAAUAAGAGGUCCUCCAGAACCAGAUUUACUGACUACCAAUUGAGAGUUCUUCAAGAUUUCUUUGAUACCAACGCUUAUCCAAAGGAUGAUGAAAUUGAGCAGCUCUCCACCGUCCUUAAUCUACCAACACGAGUUAUUGUGGUAUGGUUCCAAAACGCACGCCAGAAAGCACGCAAGAGCUACGAGAACCAGGCAGAUACUAAAGACAAUGAGAAAAAAGAGUUAACCAAUGAGCGAUACAUCAGAACCAACAACAUGCAGUACCAGUGUAAAAAGUGCAGUAUCGUUUUCCCACGCAUCUUCGACCUCAUCACUCACCAGAAGAAGCUGUGUUACAAGGAUGAAGACGAGGAAUGUAAUGAAGACAACCCAUGUGAAGAAUACUUAGAUUCUGCCGAUCUAGGUCCAGUUAAAAUGAUCCAGCAGUCAUUGGAGCCACACAGACAUUCUCAAGGAACCGCUAACAGCUCUGGUUCAAGCUCCCCAGUGAUGGCAUCUCCUCGAGCCAGCAUUGGAAAAACCUCCCCAAAGCCAGACUUUGAACUUCACCCUGAAAGUGAACCUAAACAAACAGAGACUGCACCCUCACCUGUGGUCAAAUCUCUAGCAGAGCCCAGACCAUCUAAGGCAUGCACACCUCAGCCACCCCCUCAAAAGGUUCCCCAGCCACCGAUGUCAAGACCUCAUUCCCAGCCACAGGCAGCUGCUGUGCCCUCUAGUCCUCUCUCUCUAGCCCUAUCCUCCCUCACAAACAGCCUUCCCCACCAGUUGCUUCAGUACCAAUGUGACCAGUGUAAGAUUGCAUUUCCCACAGUGGAGCUAUGGCAGGAGCAUCAACACAUGCAUUUCUUGGCAGCUCAGAACCAAUUUCUGCACUCACAGUUCCUUGAAAGACCAAUUGAUAUGCCCUAUAUGAUAUUUGACCCCAACAACCCCCUAAUGGCUAGCCAGAUAUUAUCUGGAGGCCUCUCGCAAAUCUCUUCACAAGGUAGUUCGGGUAUGACCUCAGCUGCAGGGUCAGGGUCAAUGAAGAGAAAAUUGGAUGAUAAGGAUGAAAGUGUCACUGAUAAAGAUGGUGGAAACAGUAGCGAAGAACAACAUAGAGAUAAGCGCCUGAGAACCACCAUCACACCUGAACAACUUGAAAUCCUUUAUGACAAAUACCUGAUUGAUUCUAACCCAACGAGGAAAAUGCUGGAUCACAUUGCAAGAGAAGUGGGACUAAAAAAGAGGGUAGUACAAGUUUGGUUCCAGAAUACUCGUGCUAGAGAGCGAAAAGGGCAGUUUAGAGCUAUAGGCCCCACACAGUCCCACAAGAAAUGCCCUUUUUGCAGGGCGCUGUUCAAGGCUAAGUCAGCGCUUGAUAGUCACAUACGAUCCAGACACUGGCAUGAAGCGAAGCAAGCAGGCUUUAGUUUGCCACCAAGCCCAAUGAUGAAUCAAGACAACGACAGAGGUGAAAGCCCAAAGUACAACUUCUUUGACUUCUCACAGCUGCCGAUCAAGGUUGAGCCAAAUGACUAUGAAUUGCCUGCUGCGUCUUCUACGCCAAUAAAACCAUCGGACACACAAGUAAAAAACUUCUUAAGCCCUUCAUCAUUAAAAGCUGACAACUGUGAUGAAACUGACGGGCCAAAUGUUAAUUCAGCGGAGGCGUCAUCUUAUGAUUUAAGCAAGAUGGACUUUGAUGAGACAUCAUCAAUUAACACAGCCAUUAGUGAUGCUACAACUGGAGAUGAAGGCAAUAACAAUGAAGUUGAAAGCUUCACAGCUAACGGAGGGGAGAAGCUGGCUGAAAACAAGGGUGGAAUGUUUCUAAAUUCCGAUGGUUUUAAUGACAGAUUCCAAUUUAGCAUGGUCAGCCCGGCUCUCAGCUUCUCCGGAAAAGACUGCGACUCCUACUUCAGCUCCAGAGAUGACGACAUGGAUGAAUUCUACGACAUAAGUGAAUCAUCAAGCCUUACUGAUCCCAGUUCACCAAGUCCAUUCGGGACAGGAAAUCCCUUCAGCAAGUCUGGAAAAGGCACCAGUGCUGGGGAUAGGCCGGGCCACAAACGAUUCCGAACCCAGAUGAGUAACCUUCAACUUAAAGUCCUUAAAGCCUGUUUUAGUGACUACCGCACUCCUACAAUGCAAGAGUGUGAGAUGCUCGGCAAUGAGAUUGGACUUCCAAAGCGUGUCGUCCAAGUGUGGUUCCAAAACGCCCGAGCUAAAGAGAAGAAAUUCAAGAUAAACAUUGGAAAGCCAUUCAUGAUAAGUCAAGGCUCACCAGAUGGGCCGAGGCCUGAGUGUACUUUGUGUGGUAUAAAGUACACGCCCAGGAUGUCCAUCCGAGACCACAUAUUCUCUAGACAGCACAUCACCAAAGUGCAAGAAACCCUGGGGAACCAGGUGGAUAGAGAAAAGGACUACCUAGCACCAACCACUGUCCGACAGCUGAUGGCCCAGCAAGAACUUGAUCGCAUGAAGAAAGCCGGUGAAGGACUCUGUCUGCCUGGCCAGCAGCAACAGACUGCAGUGGACAACAAUAAUGCACUUCAUGGCCUUAGCCUGCCCUCAGGCUACCCGGGGAUCUCUGGCCUUCCGCCAGUGCUACUUCCCGGAGUCAACGGGCCAUCAUCACUUCCUGUUUUCCCACCCAACACACCUGCUUUAGCAUCUCCUGGUGCUGGCAUGCUUGGGUUCCCUACACCAGCCACCCCAUCUCCUGCCAUGUCUCUCAGCACUACCCCAACCAAGACUAUUCUGCAGACUCCUCCUCCUCCACCUCCUCCUCCUCCUCCUCCUGUUCCCUCCACACCUUUGGCGGCAGUAAAUAAGACAGAGCAGCAAGGGAAAGACACUGAGGGUAAAAAAACGGGAGACAAGCCACCUCAGAUGAAGUUGAAGAGCGGCGAGAACGAGAGCACGUCACGACCCGAGACCCACAACAUGGCCAAGAAGAGGGACAAGGCGGCUGCAGGGAAAGCUGGAGGUGAGACUUCGCUGGACACGGCAAAGCUACAGGCGCUUCAGAAUGCUCUGGCUGCAGGAGACCCCAGCUCUUUCUUGGGGGGACAGUUCCUUCCCUACUUUCUUCCUGGAUUCCCCAACUGCUUCUCACCGCAGCUACCCAGAGGAGUCCAACCGGGCGGCUACUUCCCACCACUUUGCGGGAUGGAGAAUCUGUUCCCCUACGGCCCGGCGGCCGUCCCGCAAGCCGCGCUUCUGCAGCAGUAUCAGCAGUACCAGCAGUCCCUCCAAGAUUCCCUGCAAAAGCAGCAGCAGCAGCAGCAGAAACAUCUGGAGCAGCAACAGAAGCAACUUAAGCAGCAGCAAACGUCUUCUGCGAAAACCCCCCAGAGCAUCAAAAGCACCGCAACCAACUCUUUCAAACCAAAAGAAGCUAAUAAUACUAAGGACGACAGCAACACAGGCUCUUCAACGGAAAGCACAAAAGAAGAACUGAAAACCCAAACCAAAAGUAGCAAGGAUUUCCCCGACGCUUUUAUCGUACCGUCCAUCAAGCACGAGUUUAUAUGCAGGAAGUGCCAGAUGAUCUUUGCGGACGAAGACUCGGUGACGCGUCACCAGAAGUCCCUGUGUUACUUCGGACAACCUUUCGGCGAGCCGCAAGAGACGGUGCUUCGGAAGGCGGUGAGCAACUACACGUGCGUCGCCUGCAACAUGGUCGUCAACGGGAACGAAGCACUUGGCCAACACCUCCAGUCGAGCUUGCACAAAGAGAAAACAAUCAAACAAGCAAUGAGAAAUGCCAAAGAGCAUACUAGAUUAUUACCUCACUCUGUCUGCUCCCCUACUCCUAACACCACAUCUACCUCGCAGUCUGCAGCUUCUUCUAACAACACCUUUCCUCAUCUGUCUCGCUUGUCCAUGAAGUCCUGGCCCAACGUCCUGUUCCAGGCCACCGCCGCCACAGCCCAGAAAGCUGCUUCCCUCUCCUCCCCGUCCGCCUCCCCGCCCCCGCUGUCCUCGCCGUCAACGGUUACCUCAACUUCCUGCAGCACCUCAGGGGUUCCAACUUCACUACCCGCCGAGAGUUGUUCGGAUGAGUCUGACAAUGAGCUAAGCCAGAAGCUGGACGACUUAGAUAGCGCGAAGGCGGCCUCUGGCCUAGACGCCGGCUUCAGUAGUAUCAGAAUGGAUAUGUUCAGUGUGUAGGAGUGACUAAAGGAUCCCCUUGCUUAAAGACAAAAAUAAGACUUUUUAAAACUGCAGUUCCAAAGUUUCUCUUAACCCAAAAAAAAAAUACAGAACCAAAUGAUUGACUCAGGAUUGUUUUUCCAUAUUGAUAUGCUGGCAAGAUUGAUUUUUUUUUGUUAUGGACAGAACUGUUGCAGAUGCUUGACUGAGCUUAUAUUGUAUACAAAAAAAAAAACACGGAGUAGGAAAACAAUUCCCACAGGCUCCCUCGUCGGAGGGGGGGCUUGUUUCAAGCCAAAAACUCUCAUGAUAGCAAAUUGCACCUCAGCUGGAUUGUUUUCCAAAAUGCUAGCAUGUACUGUAUGGAUGACGAUCCAGACACCCUCAAAGAGAAUCUCUCUUAGUUUUUAGAUAAUUCAGUAGCUUUAAAUUCUCAGGUCAGAACAUAACAUUUCUCAUUUGUUUCAAAAGCAGCAAGCCUGGGUUACACUUGGCUGAUAACCAAAACAUGUCGAGCUUUAUCGGAACGCAUUUCCUUGGCGCGUAUCGAGUACCAAGAGACAAUAGAACUGUUACAAUGGACGAUGUGCAUAUCCUUUUAGUUGGCAGUAUGAGGGAAUUUAGAAUGGUGUAUGAUGAUGAUGAUGAUGACCCCUCCCCCAUACACAUUUUUGCCACUUUGUAUUGCAACACCCGGUCGCCCAGCCCCUCCCCUUUUUUUGGUUCUUGUAGUAUACACUAAUAAUCUGUGCCAACCCGCUCACACGCCCUUUUUCUCUCUAGUUCCCAUAGACUCUCCGAUCAUGUGAAUAGAACUUUUCCUUUGGUGAAUUUGCUGUACUGUUACGGUACCUGCUCGCGUCUGGACUCUAGUGCACUUAUUUUGAUCAUUUAAAGUAGGCCAUUUUGUUAAUUUAAUAGAGCGUUUUGUACGUCUUUGUGUGUCUUUUUUUUUUUGUAUUAUUAUUUGCAGCAUAUCGGUCCAUAUGUGUUACAGGAUUGACGCCUAACAAUCUAUUUAACAAUUGGUGCAUCCACGAAAGCAGUACUGUAUACUUGAAACUAUUAAGGUACAAGUUAGAGAGUAAAAAAAAAAAAACAUUUGUUUGCUGCUUUUAAAAAGAAACACAGCAUUUGUGUUGUAUUUUUCAACAAUUUCAUGUACUUGGACUGAACAGUGUUGCACCUGUGCCAAUCGGUACGCAGGUGGACGCCCUCCCGUCAAUCCUCCGGGCACUUGUGGCCAUGUGCAGUUAAGGAAUUUCAACAUUGCAAAGUAUUACCUUACAAAAGUUUUGCUGCUACUGUGUAAUUUGUAUUUUUGCCUGCCAUCAUUUCUCCGAAACAAAAUACUGAUCCAUCAUUUUUAUUAGCUUUUUUUUAUUUUGCUGUGGAACUAAGAAUGUGAACGCUGUCAAAAAUGUUUUUGGUUUUUUUUGGGGUUAAUUUUAUUUUCACAUACGAAUCACGUUUGAAAACAAUGUGGUUCAUUCCAAAGUAACAGAAGGCUAUUUGUAUGAAAGCAAAAAGGCUGGUGAACAAAGAAAAGCAAAGCUGUUGUACAUAUUCCUAGUUGGCUGUGCAUGGUACAAAUUUAUUAAUAUGAAGAAAUGCAAAAAUGUAUUGCUUUUUUUUUGUUUUUGUUUUUUUUGUUGGUAUUUCCUAUUCUGAGAUGAGCAAGUAGCAUGUAAUGCAACUGUUUGACAGGUUAAAUCAAAUCAUGCUUCGUUAUUGUUUCAAACAAUGACAUCAAGUAACAUUUUCCUCUUUUUGUUUAAUUAUUGUAAAGGUGUGUUGUUUUUUUUUCGUAAAGCAAAUUCCCUGCGUGAGCUUUUUUGUCCUUAUUUUAAUAGUUACUUUAAUCCUGAAGACACUUUUCGAUUGUUUUUCCUAAGAGACAUUCUGGCCUCCCAAGGUGCAAUUCUGCCAUUGUACAAACACGAGCGACAGUCCUGAUUCCAAAGGCUUUUUUCCCCAACUUGGCUUUUUUGCCUCCCUUUCCCCUUCCCCCCAAUUCUGUGGCUCGGCAUUUUAAGACUGAACUUGUCCGAUCGCUGGCAUCGCGUGCUAAGAUGCUAGCGUCACAGACAGGACGCUCUCCACAACACCAAGGACUGGUAAAAGCUAACAAACCAACAAAAAAACGGAUGGUCCAACAGCAACUGUACAUAGUUAUUGCAACUGCACAGCAGCCAAAAAUGAAAAAACAAAAAAAGAACUUUAACAAAAAAAAACAAAAAAAAAAAAGUGGAUGGAUUGUGUCAUGUUGAUGAGGACAGCCUUCAAAAGGUUGCAAUUUGGAAUUGUUCUUCUGGAUGUCAAAGGGAUUUUCAUGGCGCAAUCAUAUCCUACUCAAUAUGUACUCUUCAACAUCUGGGUUACAUAGGAAAUGCACCCUGAGGUUUUAUUAAGAAGAAGCCCCUAUGGCUAAAACUUUAAAUAAACUAAACCAAAAAUGUUAUUGAUGUUUUAUAUAUAGAGAGUAGUCGCAUUAGUUUUUGUUACUGUACUGUUUGAGGUCUCAACUGUACCGUAUCACGGUAAUAACAUGGUUUUGGAACCUUUUUUUUUUUUUAUUGGUUUUGUUUCGGGUUUUUUUUUUUUUUUUUUAAUUUGUCACAGCCCUGUUGUCAUAGUUGAAAUGACGUUUAUUGUAGAUGGUAUUUGAACAACUUCUGGAAAUAGUUCAUCAAGUAUGUUUGUUGCUCAUUGUUGUGAUACAUUAAAAACUGUAUCUGCAAACCAGGUCUGUCUCCUAUGCUAAUUUUUUUCUCAGACUUUGUUCUUUUUUUAGUUUGCAUUGAACCUAAACUUCACGUCUAAACA